AUGCUAGCUAGAGGAAAGGAAAUGUUGCUGGAGAUCGAGAUGGAGGACGAACGACCAUUGCUUCCUCGACUAUGCAUUGCCGUAGCAAUUCAUCUCACCAGCUACAUCGUUGGCUACCUUAACGUAUCCAGCUCCAAAGUCGAAGGAACGGAUGAAUCUGAAACUGAGAAUAAAUCAAACCUCCACAGUCCCACUUUUUCACGCCGAGGCCUCAAAGACGAUCUCCUUGCCCUGCAAGAUCAAAGAAAAGAAGAACCUCCUGCAAAAAUCGUCCAUGGAACUCCUUCGACAACAAUGAAGAUCACCAACCAUGACAUCGCUCAACAAUGUCCUAAAUGCCCAAUGGAGGCAGAGGGGCUCCCUUUGCAGGAAGUAGUUGAAGAACCAGAUCUCAGGGAGAGGAGCAGGAGCCUUGAGACCGAAAUGGUCGAGUGUUAUGCAUUGAAAGAGCAGGAGGGCGCCAUUAGAGAGCUUGAAAAUCGACUGAGAACAGCAUUGCUAGAGACGAAUCGCUUGGCACUCAAGAUCGAGUCCCUAAAAGAAGAGAACCAGCGGCUCAAGCUUGAAGCAUCAGAUUCCUCGAGAACCAUGCGAGAGCUCGAAUCUGAAAGGACGAAAGCAACGCAAAUCAAAAGGAAAAUGGAAUCUAUUCGCGUUCAGGCGAGGGAGAAGAUAGCGUCCCUGGAGAAAAGGAUUAACUCGCUGCAUGAAGAGGUGGAGCGCAAGGAAAGCAGAGAGACAACUGAUGCACUUUAUGAGUCGAACAGGUCUAAGGAAGAACUAGAAGAGGAGGCUGCUGAACUAAGACUGAAGAACUCCAUGCUGACGAAGGAAAAUCUGGAAUUGGGGCAACGUUUGGACAAACUGGCAAAAGUCUUGGACGAACUCAACCAAUUGAGAGAAGCAAACCAGGAAUUGAAGAACACGUUAGAGCAGCUUCGUGCUGACCACUGUGCAGACUUGGAGGAACUAGUCUAUCUCAAAUGGCUCAACGCCUGCCUGCGGUAUGAGCAGGAUCAUCAGAUAUCUCUGGGAAGAGCAGAAGCCAAGGAUCUAAGCAACUGUUUGAGCCCAAACUCAGAGGAGAAAGCCAAGCAGCUCAUUCUUGAGUAUGCAUUUGCAGGUUUUGACAAUAUUGAUGAACCCAGAGUCGAUGAGCCGUCAACAAAAAAAGACAUCCGUGCAAGAAAAUCAAAGCUUCUUGGCAAACUUAAUAAGAUCGUAAGGAAAAACGGCAGCAAAGGAACAUCUGGUUCGACUCGUUCUAAUGAUGAACCCGGAAAAAGACUUUGUUUUGACAACAUUGCAUAUUCUCCUGCUACGGAAACAAGGGAGAAAAAGGCUUCUUGGUUUCGAGCUGCUUGUAGAUCUGCUUUAUUUGGUGCAGGUCAGAAGAGGAGUGGGUUAGAUCAAGAGGGUAAAGUUGCACGCUGCAAGAGUGACCUGGGCACUUUCUACAAUUUCAGAAGAAAGGCAAGAAAUAGCAUGAAUGAGCAGAUUGAUUCAUUUCGCCUAGAACUUGAUAGCGUACGGAUAAAUAAGUAUGCCGAAGCUUUAUUGAGUUCUCGUAGUUCAUUAGAAAUAUAGAGACGAUCAGCUUCCUUCCUUCGCUGAAGUUGACUCUGAGGAUGUUAGGAAUUUGACCUAAAACAUUUUCAGUAUAGAUGGUAGUAAUGUCUAUAUAUCUAUGCAUUUUGCUCGGCACUGCAGUGACUAAAUAUACAACAAACUUGGUUUUAGCUAUCAAAAGUCGAGGUUGAAUCAGAUAUAAUAUGGGACUGUCUUGUAUUCUGCUCUCAAUAAAGUCGAGGUUUAAGCCUUGCCUGUGCCUCUAAUUGUGACCUUCCUCUCACUAUCAUUUUGU